GCGGAGCAGCAUCCACGCGCCUGGAGGAGCUUUCAGCAUCUUUUUCUGAUUUCCUCAAAAAAACUUCUGGAGGAUAAAGAGAAGUUCGAUCACUCGCUUCAGCAUGGCUCUCAUAUUUGUUUCCCUUGUUCAUGCUGUUCUGCUUAUGGACAUGGUUACAGUGAACCUGGUGGACUCGUUGAAGCAGGAGACAUCAGACAGAGCAGAGAAGGACAUGGUGGAAAUAAACAUGUUUAAAAUGUAUGAGAAGUUCAGCAAGGAGCCUCACAGACACAGAGAGGAGAACACGGUCAGGAGCUUCAGAGCAGCUUCAGUGUCGUCCAACAACAAGGUCCUCUUCUAUUUCAACCUGACCUCUAUCCCAGAGUCAGAGGCGAUUAUGUCUGCAAGCCUGCACUUCCUCGACCAGCACAUCCGUCAGCGGCCCUGGAGCUGCCGGCGACCCCGAGGACCCUCGUGCCGCUCCCACCACCUGCAGUCGUUGCCCCCUGUGCAGCUUAUCCUUCGAGGAACUUCUGCUUCCAUGUCUUUUUUGGGAAAUGUCACACUACCCCCUCUCAGAAAAGGACCUUGGCAGAUGAUAGAUGUGUCUUCAGUCGUCCAGCAGGCGUGCGCUCGAAGUGACCUCUUGGUUUCCGUGGAAUUUUACUCUGGCGAAAGGCACCAGUGGCGGCACCCCAGUUUGCCGUACCUUCUCGUGUACGCCAAUGACCUGGCCAUAACCGAGCCCAAUAGCAUCGCCAUGAGCUUGCAGAGGUACGGCCCUUAUCCUGUGGCUGAAGGGAGAGGAACUAGACCACCGUUUGCCACUCCAAUCUCCAGAAUCAGAAGAAAUGCAGAAGAUUUACAGAAUAACUUUCUUCCUGACAUCCAGUAUCACGAUGUCAAACACAAGGACCUGUGGUACAGCACUUACUUUGCAUUAAAGCCCAAAGCCUCACCCAAGAGCCACGGCCACGAGGUGAAAAACGAAGGGAGCACGUCUCAGGAGCUGAGUUUUGACGAGAGGACCAUGAAGAAGGCUCGUCGCAAACAGUGGAGCGAGCCUCGAGUGUGUGCCAGACGUUACCUGAGGGUGGACUUUGCGGAUAUAGGCUGGAGUGAGUGGAUACUGGCCCCAAAAGCAUUCGAUGCCUACUACUGCGCAGGAACAUGUGGAUUUCCCAUGCCCAAGGUCGUCCAUCCCUCCAAUCAUGCCACCAUCCAGAGCAUCGUAAGGGCUGUGGGGAUCGUCCCCGGAGUUCCAGAGCCUUGCUGUGUCCCUGAGAAGAUGAGCCCACUAGCCGUGCUGUUCCUGGACACCAGCAGGAACAUGGUGCUGAAGGUCUACCCCAGCAUGUCUGUGGACACCUGCGCCUGCCGAUAAGGAAACAAGGACGAGGCAGAAAACAAACUCUUCAGGAGAAAAUGGACAAGCCUGCCGGUGUGCUGACCACUUAAGGCAAGAAACGCUGUCCACUGCUCAGAAGUAACAACUUCAGACACACAGUUCAGUUACUGACCACACUCAAGACCUAAAACCUCAAAAACUAUGACAAAAAAAUCCAACGGAUGCACAUUUUGGUUUACCUUUGGAAUUUAUACAGUCACUUGUUAUAAUGAGUAGCAGUUCUUAACCAUGUUCUAAGAAAAAAGCAGAAUUUUUCUCGCCUUUGUUCUCUUGAGUGUGUGUAGAUUCUGUUCUUACCUGAGAACAAACCCCACAUAAGAGAUCACUGGUCAGUCAGAGUCUUUGUCAAAACUGUAACACUUUAUUUGAAGUGUCUACAUAAUACAUUCAUAACAUCUUACAUAAAUGCUUCAUAACAUGUUCAUAACAUCUUACAUAAACACUUCAUAACAUUCAUAAAAUCUUACAUAAAUGCUUUAUAACCUGUUCAUAGCACCUUACAUAAACACUCCAUAACAUGUUCAUAACAUCUUACAUAAACCCUUCAUAAAAUUAAUUACAUCUUGCAAAAACGCUUCAUAACAUGUCCAUAGCAUCUUACAUAAGUGCUUCAUAACAUGUUCAUAAAAUCUUACAUAAAUGUUUCAUAACACAUUCAUAAAAUCUUACAUAAAUGAUUCAUAACCUGUUCAUAGCACCUUACAUAAACACUCCAUAACAUGUUCAUAACAUCUUACAUAAACCCUUCAUAAAAUUAAUUACAUCUUGCAAAAACGCUUCAUAACAUGUCCAUAGCAUCUUACAUAAGUGCUUCAUAACAUGUUCAUAAAAUCUUACAUAAAUGUUUCAUAACACAUUCAUAAAAUCUUACAUAAAUGAUUCAUAACCUGUUCAUAGCACCUUACAUAAACACUCCAUAACAUGUUCAUAAAAUCUUACAUAAAUGCUUCAUAACCUGUUCAUAGCACCUUACAUAAACACUCCAUAACAUGUUCAUAACAUCUUACAUAAACCCUUCAUAAAAUGAAUAACAUCUUGCAUAAACGCUUUAUAACAUGUCCAUAGCAUCUUACAUAAAUGCUUCAUAGCACGUCCAUAACAUCUUGCAUAAACAAUUCAUAACAUGUUCAUUACAUCUUACAUAAAUGCUUUAUAACAUUCAUAACAAUUUACAUAAAUGUUUCAUAAAAUGCUCAUAACAUCUUACAUAAACACUUCAUAAUAUGUUCAUAACAUCUUACAUAAACACUUCAUAACAUGCUCAUGAAUGUUUAAAGCAACAUUUAUGAAGUAUGCAGUUUUAGAUUAUAUUAAUAUGGACUACUUUGUCAUAUUACUGACAGACCUUUUUAAAAAUAACAUUUUAAUUAGAAAAAUGAAUCUGUUUUCAGUAAAAUGCCUCAUUUCUGGACAGUCAAAAUAAAAAUGACCUUACUUUACACCUUUCUUCCUAAAGUGAAACACUUUUCCUACACUUUCAACUUAUUUUUAAUUUGUGUUUUUUUUUAAGUAUUUGUAUUUUGCACAUUUUUUCUUUAUCUUUUUGGCUCUGUCUUCUUUAAAACUGUACUGUCUGUGCAUUUGAGGAAAACACUAUUUAUCCUCUGCUUACCUCUCUUAGUUUAAAUGCUGACACUGAAAUUUUAACGUUUAAUCAAUAUUUUAGUUUAAUUUUAUUUUUAGUGACAUUCUUCUCCACUUACGGUAUUGGAGAAGGCACAAGAGUCCACAGGAACGGGUGAGUAUUAUGGCGAGUAAAACUCCUUCAUGCAAUAAGCCCCACAGCCAUGAUAAGAUUCAGUGGAAUGAUUGUUCAUGGGGUAUUUCAUGGCGUAUUUCUGGCGUAUAGUAAUUUACCAUCUGUACAGUAAAGUGACAUACAGAGAAAAAAAUGCACAAGAAAAUAAAUAAACUAAACAAAUCAUGAAAAAGAAGUCAAAAGUAUGCAUGAAACAGGCCUCAGUGUCAAAUAGCUUAAUGACCAAAGGGGUAAAGAGAGGUCGUUUUUAUUUUGCCUGUCCAGAAAUGAGGCAUUUUACUGAAAAUAAUACAGUUUUUCAAAAUAAAAAGGGAGGAUUUUUCAUUUUGAAAAAUGCCUCUCAGUAAAAUGACAUAGUAGUUCAGAUGAAUAUUGUGUAAAACGUGUAUACUUUAUGAACAUUCAUUUUAAAUUCAUGAACAUGUUAUGAAGUGUUUAUGUGCGAUGUUAUGAAUGUGUUAUGAAGUGUUUAUGUCAGCUGUUAUGAAUGUGUUAUGUAGUCACCGUUCAAGAAAAGUGGUACUGUGAAAAGUGGGAUUUAAGAAAAAAUGUUUUCUUAAGGACGGUUGGUGAUUGAGGCCCAGUGACGCUCCGAUGAGAAACAUAUCAUGAAAAAAUAAUGAAAGCAGAGC